UGCGUUUUUAGAGUCACCAUGUUUUACGACGCGUGUCUCUCUCUUCAGUGGUUUCUUUUCCCGAUACGGCGUCGUGUUGCUUCAGAGUUUUGGAUAUUUAAUUUGACCGGAUAAACUCUUGCUAGUCAAGAUAGAUACUUCUCUUUGAAUUCUUGCGUGGAAGUUUGUUAUGUGGAAGUUAGCUUCAAAAUCCAUCAAGGAAGGCUUUAAAUCAAAAGGAGAAGAUGAUGUCACAAAACCGAGAAACACUCAUUUAGAUUCAUCCGGAGAUGGCAUAAAAACAACGAAAGAAGAGAGAUUAGAGUGUCCCAUUUGCUGGGAAUCAUUCAACAUCGUUGAGAACGUGCCUUACGUCUUAUGGUGUGGUCACACCAUCUGCAAGUACUGUCUCUUAGGGCUUCAACGAGCCAUCGUUAACAAAUCCACAGGUUUUCCUUUCCAGCUUCCUUUCUUCGUCGCUUGCCCUUGGUGUACUUUCCUCUCUUUAAGACUUGUAUACAAAGGAACCAUCAAGUUCCCUUCCAAAAACUAUUACCUUUUAUGGAUGGUGGAAACCAUGAAUGGCUCUCGCAGUGACAACAAAAGGGUCGUCGUCACUUCAGGGUGCUGCGAUGGAGUGACGUCAGAUGAUAACCAAGGUUGGUGGAAUGGUCUGUCUAGAGGAUACUUCAGAACAGGGAGAGUUCAUGACUCUGUAUGUAAGUCAAUGGCUAUUGUUGCUCAUGUGUUGGCUAAGUUUCCUUUGGUAGUUAUAUUCCUUUUGGUGGCUUUAUAUGCAAUCCCUGUUAGUGCUGCUGUUCUUGGCGUCUAUGUCUUUGUCACGUUUGCUUUAGCUGUUCCGUCUUUUUUAGUUCUUUAUUUCGCUGUCCCAAGCUUAAACUGGCUGAUUAGAGAGAUCUCAGCCUAAACUCAUUGUACUGUUGUGUGUUUCUUGACUUGUAAGAAACAUGAGAGAGUGAAACUAUAGAGCUAAAGAAGAGAAGAUCUUUAUUUCAAUAUUUGUCUCUGUACAUAAAAGAACAAAACUAUCUUGUGUGCAAGAAUUCAAAAAAGAAUGAAAACAAAACUAUGUUUGUUGUGUUUGUGUAUAAACUGUAAGAAGAAAAGAUUUUACAUUUCUAUGUAAACUUGUGGUGAAGACAAACCAUUGAAGAGCUCAGUUUUACCGGAGAUUUUAACCAACAUAGACAAAACUUCUUUCAUGUUUGGUCUCACCUGAGGCUGAUCCGCUGUACACUUCACACCAAUUUUUAAUAACUCAGUCAUCUCCUCAGCUCCAUACCCUGGUUUUGUCCCAGAGAGAGUAAACGGUGAGCCUUUAACUGUAAAUGUCAUGUUACCUGUCAUCACCCUUUUAGCCCAUUCAACCAAACACUCUUCACCUCCAUCAACAGCUCUUCUCCCCGUUGCAAGUUCCAUUAUCAACACUCCGUAGCUAUAAACAUCUCCUCUCGUAGUAGCUUGCCAAGUCUGUCCAUACUCAGGAGCUACAUAGCCAAUAGUCCCAGCAAUCACAGUGCUCACAUGACUAUCUCCAACGUCUAAGAGCCUCGCUAGUCCAAAAUCUGUAACUCUAGCGUUUCCGUGUUUGUCCAAGAGAACGUUACUUGCUUUCACGUCUCUGUGAACUAUCGAAGGGUAGCAUUCAUGGUGUAGAAACACUAAGGCACGAGCCACAUCUUUGGCUAUAUCAAUACGUUUCUUCCAUGGAAGUUUUGUUUUGUCUGUGAUGAGCUCCUCUAAGCUCCCACCACCCAUGUACUCAUGCACCAAGAUCUUCUCCGACUCAUCAAGACACCAUCCGUAGAGUCUCACGAGGUUCGGAUGCGCCCAAUCACCAAAGGCAUUAGCGCUUAGAACUUCCAUUUCUGCUUUGAACUCUUUCUCUGCUUCUGUGCCUUCUCUUUGUAGCUUCUUGACUGCGACUUCUCUUCCGUCAGGUAACACGCCUCUAUAAACAGUUCCGUAUCCUCCCUUACCUACUACUCUCUCCUCAGAGAAGUUACUGGUCGCUUUGAGAAUGUCAGCGUAUGUGAAUGUGGACUUAUCUAACCGAAUGACUUUGAUUUUUCCUGACAGCCAUGGAGAUGAACCACCAGAGCUGGAAGUGGUGUCGUGUCUGAUUUUGGAACCGUCUAAGAGAUCUGUUUCAGCUUGCCUUGAACUCUUGACAACCAUGACAAUGAUGCUUGCUAUCACUACACAGGCGAUGAAGGCUAAUGCAAGAGCAGAGGAGAUGCAAACCACAAGGAUAGUUCCUGGUCUGUGUCCUAGCUUUUGGUUUGUAAUCUGAGUCCUUGUCUUGUUGUUGUUCCCUGAUUGGUUGAAGAAACUUGGGAACUGGAGUAAAGGAUUCCCAAGGAAUGAGUCUUUCUCAAAGGUUGUGAGCUGUCCUGUGGAUGGUAUGACGCCAGUAAUGAGAGGGUUGUAUGAGAUGUUGAACUUACUCAGCUCAGACAAGUCAUUCAAACUCGUUGGAAAGUUUCCUGAGAAGUUAUUAUAAGACAGAUCAAGAUUCUGCAGACACUUGAGAUGCUC